CAUAGCCGGUAUAUGUAUAUAUGUAUAGGUUUGUGGCGAGGAAGAGGACACACAAAGGAAAGAAGAAGAGGAGGUGGUAGAGGCUGGUAAAUACAUACACGAGUUAAUAUCCAUGCACAGGACGGCGGAGGAGAGAAAAAUGGAGGCUCUGCGUGAGCAGGUGAUGAUCAAUCAAUUCACGUUGGCGGCCGGCUGCGCAAGUGAACAGGCCAAACAGUUGCUCCAGGCGGCGCACUGGCAGUUCGAGACGGCACUCAGUAUAUUUUUUCAAGAAGCAGCGAUACCCUCGUGUGCUCAAGGACCUGGAGGUACACACUUUGGACAGAUAACGCCGUGCAACACACCGGCUACCCCACCAAAUUUUCCGGACGCUUUGCUCGCCUUCUCGAAACUGUCGGCAGGAGAUAAAACGCCAUCCGGCAUGUCCCCAAGUCAGAACGGCCUACACUUGAACCAGCACUACCAGCAGCAGCAGCAGCAACAACAGUCCCAGGCAUCGUUGUCGACGACACCGUCGCAGCGCUGCAGCAGCAGUCUGUCAGGCCCCAUGAUGGCGCACCACCACCACCACCACCACCACCACCACCAACAGUCACCCGUCGGCGGUGUCAUGGCGGCGCCGGCCGGUGUCGCCGGCAUCCAUCCUCAGCACCAUCAGUUCGGCUUCGGAGAACCCCAGAGAUAAGAACUACUACUACCUUACCUUAUCUUGGAACUUAUCACAACAAACUGCAGCUACAUUACCAACGACACCGACAGCCGAAUAUAACAAUACACGGUCAUUCAUUUACCCAUGAUGACCAAUGAUUAUGCCAGUCACGCAUAACAAACGUAUUAAUUAAACCCUGAGUCGCAAACUCGUGUACACAAAAAUGUAGUAAAAACAUACCUACAGCGGUGGAUAAUAAGUGUUCUCGCAACAGUUCGGUGCUCAUUCGAUAUCAUCACAAUUGAUCAUUGUUACAAUUACGCAUGUAAACCACGUAGCAUAGUGCACGAUUUAUUGUUCCACAUUCACCAACCGCGUGUUCCAGCGUUCCGAUAGCGUAUAGUAAUGAGAGGGACGGAAAGUGCUUCGACAUUAAUUUCGUUUACGUUGAACGUUAUACAGAGUUUCUGAGCGGUUGGAUCAUUGAUGACCUAACGAUGUGCUCUUGAUUGUCAUUCGUUAAUGUCACGUGUACAAAGAUACGGUCACAGACACAAAAACACAUAUCGCCUUGGAUGAAUGUAGUCGCGUACGGGGUAUAUAAUUGCCGAUUGACGCGAGGGAGAUAUACAUACUUAGUAUCUGUUCCUGUUCUCUGAAUUUCUGUGGGGAGGUGUUCGAUUGGAUCAAAGGCAAAGUCGUGUGAUUACCGAAUUAGGUUUUAUUUCUUCUCGAGUUAAGGUACGUGUGAUCCAUACCUUUGGAGAAGCUCCGUAUAUGUGUCUUUCAUUUAUAUUAAAUGGAGUAUCGAUGUUCAACGUUGUAUGGAGAGAAAAAAAAAAAAAAUGAAAAUUUACAUCGUUCACUUUACCGACGGGUGAUUGUUAAUAGUAACAAUCAUCAGCAUCAUCGAGGCUGUCGUUAGAUCGUAUUACUCGUGAUGUCGAUCCUCAAUCUUCCUUAUGUACGUGAAUAAUUGUACGAUAUGAUGAAAAAAAUAAUAACAAUAAUCAUUAGCACUGUAUAUCCUAUACUACUGACCUAUAGAUUGUCGUUUUCUAUGGA